GGCGCAGUGAUUGGAUUCGCCCUCGGGGGCUGCGCUCUCUUAAGUGCCAGCCGGCGGGCACUAGUUGGUCACGCAGCUGAGCACCUGGGGGGCCUCACACUCCACGUUGCGGAGACACCAGUGGAACGCAGCCGAGGCUUGGAACCGAGCUUCUUGAGGGCAGAUAGACGGACUGACAGACUGACGGACAGUAGCGCCUGGCUCGAAGGCGUGGAGACUGCAGCGCGCACCCCAGCCUACCCGGUGCGCCCUCCGGUUGCGCCAUGGACGGCGCGGACAAUGCCUCCCUGCUCUUCACCGCGUCCUCGCUGCAGCCGGAUAACUACACCGUGUUGCCCCACGCCGGCAGCCUGAGCCCCCUCCCGGAUUUCUCCCUCGCCCCCACCUCCAGCGCGGGCCCCAGCCCGGCUCCCAGCGUGGGGUUCGGUCCCAGCCAUUCUCCCACCCCUGGGGCAGCCAGCGACGGCGGCCUGGCGGGGGGCGCGACGAGCCUGAGCCCGUCCUCGAUCCCUCGCCCCUGGACGCCCCAUGAGCCCCCGUUCUGGGACACGCCGCUGAACCACGGGCUGAACGUGUUGGUGGGCGCCGCCCUGUGCAUCACCAUGCUGGGCCUGGGCUGCACCGUGGACGUGAACCACUUCGGGGCGCACGUCCGCCGGCCGGUGGGCGCGCUGCUGGCCGCGCUCUGCCAGUUCGGCUUCCUGCCACUGCUCGCCUUCCUGCUUGCCCUCAUCUUCUCUCUGGACGAGGUGGCCGCGGUGGCCGUGCUCCUGUGUGGCUGCUGCCCCGGCGGGAAUCUCUCCAACCUGAUGUCCCUGCUGGUUGAUGGUGACAUGAACCUCAGCAUCAUCAUGACCAUUUCCUCCACGCUUCUGGCCCUGGUCUUGAUGCCCCUGUGCUUGUGGGUCUACAGUAGGGCUUGGAUCAACACUCCUCUGGUGCAGUUGCUGCCCCUAGGGGCAGUCACCCUGACUCUGUGCAGCACUCUCAUCCCGAUUGGCUUGGGCGUUUUCAUUCGCUACAAAUACAACAGGGUGGCUGACUAUAUUGUAAAGGUUUCCUUGUGGUCUCUGCUAGUGACAUUGGUGAUCCUUUUCAUAAUGACUGGCACUAUGUUAGGACCUCAACUACUGGCCAGUAUUCCUGCAGCUGUUUACGUGGUAGCAAUUUUUAUGCCUUUGGCAGGCUAUGCCUCAGGCUAUGGUUUAGCUACACUCUUCCACCUUCCACCCAACUGCAAGAGGACCAUAUGCCUGGAGACAGGUAGUCAGAAUGUGCAGCUCUGCACCGCCAUCCUAAAACUGGCCUUUCCACCACGACUCAUAGGGAGCAUGUACAUGUUUCCUUUGCUUUAUGCUCUUUUCCAGUCUGCAGAAGCAGGGAUUUUUGUUUUAAUAUAUAAAAUGUAUGGAAGUGAAAUAUUGCACAAGCGAGAUCCUCUAGAUGAAGAUGAAGAUACAGAUAUUUCUUACAAGAAACUAAAAGAAGAGGAACUGGCAGACACUUCCUAUGGCACAGUGAAAUCAGAUAAUUUAAUUAUGAUGGAAACCACUCAGACUUCUCUCUAAACAUGAAGCUAUCCAGCAGCUUCAAUCUUCCUGAAUUAGUACGUCAUAUUUAUUAUGGUCUGUGGUAGUGUGUGUCGUUUACAAAAAGGAUAACAAUGGUUCCCAUUAUCAUGCACUUAACAAUUAUGAGCUUCCCACUGUAAAGUUGCUUUAGUACAUUAACCAAGUGUUUUCACAAAUUACAAAUCAAUGUUGUAAUAGAACCAGCAACUGGGAAUGCUAAUGUGAAGCCUGAACAAGUUAAAUGUGCUUUUUGGUUUCUGUUGCCAAUCUCUGUAACUAUUUCAUAUAUGUAACCUCUUAGAAAGCAGAGUCCUGGAAAUAUAGAAAUUUUGGUGCACUAAGAGUUAAAAACAGGCUAUAUUUGUAAAGCAUAGCUGAGUCUAAUGUAACUGUUGUGAACAAUGUGCUCCUGCAAUUUAUGAACUACUUGACAAUGUAGAAUUUUGACCUACAUUCGGAAAAAUCCCCAAGCCGGUCAAUUACGUAAUGAACUAUAUGGUGUUUGAUUGUCAAACCUGUAACAAAUCAGAGGAAAUUAUAUUCGUAUUU